AUGGGGAACAGCCGGUGUCCCGUGAAUCUGGAGCUGCGAUGGCAGGCGGAGGUCAGCAGCAGCAUCUACUCCACUCCCCUCGUCGCCGACAUUAACAGGGACGGCAAGAUGGAGGUGGUGGUGCCGUCCUUCGUGCACUACCUCGAGGUGCUGGACGGCUAUGAUGGGGACCGGCUGCAUGGUUGGCCGGCCUUUUAUCGCUCCAGCACGCACACGAGCCCUCUCCUGUACGACAUAGACAAGGACGGCGUGAGGGAGAUCAUCCUCGCGGACUACAACGGCGAAAUCAUCUCCUUCACGCCUGGUGGCGAGGAGCUGACUCGUUAUAAGAUGAGUGUGCCGCGGCUGCGCAUCCGCAAGGAGUGGUAUGUGGGGCUGGACCCUGACCAUGUGGACCAUGCUCACCCUGACAUCCACGCCCCCAUUGAUGAUGCCAAGAACGCAUCCAGCCAGCACCAGGAGGGCGACCUUCUGAACCUGCCCACGGCUCAUGCUGCUGACGCGCAUGCUGAGCGCGGUGCCGGUGGCUCUGACACCCACGCACCAGGAACACAGGGACAGGCGCAGGGGCAGCAGGCGCAGGGGCAGUAUAAGACUCAGCCACUGCAGCAGCAGCCGCAGGAGGUGCAUCACGAGCACCACCCGGAGCAACAUCCGGACAAGCAUACCGAGCAGCAGCACACAGCAGGAGGGGGCGGUUUGCCUCAUGGCAGUGACCUGCAGCAACCAGGCGUCCCCCACGCAGCAGCGGACACAGCUUUUGGCACAGCCACUGCUGCUAGAGUGCUUGCGGACCAGCACCCUCAGGCGCAGGUGCAGGCAGGGGUGCAUUUUGAGACCCCUCAGGACGACCCGGGUCUCCCCCCUCUUGUUACUGGCGGUGGUGGUGCUGCUACUGGAGCAGCGGGAGGGCGAGGGGCGGCGUUGGCGGAUGUGGUGGAUUGUGGGAAGGACGGGCUGUGCAGCAAAGAGGCGCAUGCUGCAGCAGAGGCCAAGGCAGCCGCUGCUGCUGUCGCUGCUGCCAUGAGUGGGGGAAUCGCAGCAGCAGCAGCAGCAGCAGGGGGACAGCAGGGACAGCAGCAGCAGGGGCAGCAGCAGGCGGGGCAGGGGCAGCAGCAGGUGGAAGGUUCUGGGAAGGUCCAAGCAACGGAGGCGGAUUUACAGAAGAUCCAGUCGUGGGAGAAGUGGCACCAGGAUGUGACGGGCAAGGUGGCACCAGGAUCCCAAAUGGGGGAGAAGGAGCAGGCGCUGUGGAAGCACUACCAGGACUGGAGGAGCAAGCUGCUGCUCCCGGGAGACAGCUCGCCCCCUGCUGCUGCUGCUGGUGGGGUGCAUGGGGCGCGUAGGCGGCUGCUGCAGGUGCAUGAGGAGAAGGCAGGGGUGGGGAGGGAUGGAGACGUGGGAGCAGCACGCAGGAGGCUGCUGCAGGUGCACGGGGACCACCACGCUGGCGACCACGAGGAUGUGAGUCCAGGAGGGGGGCUGCUGGGGAGGCUGCAGCAGGUGCAUGGGGAACACCAUGCUGGGGACCACGAGGAUUUCCCCACAGCAGAGCCGGACAGUGAGCUGGACGAGGAGGGGGCGGACUCAUGGGACGUGUUCAAAGAGGAUGAUGAUGACUACAGGCAGUGGGAGGGGGACGGGGAUGACUGGGCGGGGAACAACGAGGGCGAGGGGGAGGCGGUGGGGGAGGGGGAGGAGCACGUGGGAGAGGAGGAGCACGAGGGUCACGGCGGGUGGGGGCAUCACGGGGAGGAGGAGACACACAAGGAGGAGCACGUAGAGAAGGAGGAGGGGGAGGAUGAUGAGUGGGGGGGACCGCGGGCGGAGAAGGAGGAUGGGGACGAGUAUCAGUACGAUUAUGAUGAUUAUGUGAAUGAGAACAUGUGGGAGGAUGAGGACUGGACGGAGGCGGAGCACGAAGCUGAUAAGGAGUACAUCCUUGUGGACUCGCACAUUCUCUGCACGCCGGUGAUAGCGGACAUUGACAUUGCUGGUCGUUAUGAGCUGGUGGUGGCGGCAUCUCUUGAGUCAAAUCAAAUGUCACAAAAUCAUCGCGCUCUCUCCCUGCGUGCUGCUUCCCCUCCCUCCCUCCCACAUCAGGUGAUAGCAGACAUUGACAACGACGGCCAUGAUGAGCUGGUGGUGGUGAUAGCGGACAUUGACAAUGACGGCCAUGAUGAGCUGGUGGUGGCGGCAUCUCACUUCUUUGACCGAGAGUACUACGAGGAUCCGGCACACAAGCACGAGUUGGAGGAGGGCGUGGACAUGAGCAAGUACAUCGGGGGGGCCAUUGUGGUGUUCGACCUGCACACACAGCAGGUCAAGUGGUCGCAGCACCUCGACCUCACCACCGACAGCACGCAGUUCCGCGCCUACAUCUACUCGGCGCCUACGGUGGUUGAUCUGGAUGGAGAUGGGUUCCUGGAGAUCAUCGUGGGGACGUCCGUUGGCUUCAUUUACUGCCUCGAUGCCUUUGGCAAAGUUAAACCUGGAUUUCCCUUACAAAUGGGCGAGGUGCAGGGGCAGGUGGUGGCAGCAGACGUGAACCACGAUGGCAAGCUCGAGAUCAUUGCAGCCGACACUCGUGGCAACGUGGCGGCAUUCACCUCGGAGGGCAAGGAGGUGUGGGAGCGGCACCUGGCGUCGCUGAUCGCACAGGGGGCGAGCGUGGGCGACGUGAAUGGAGACGGAUUCACCGAGGUGGUGAUCGGGUCGUCCUCGGGGCAUAUUUACGUGCUGGAUGGCAGGACAGGCAAGGACGUGGGGGGCUUCCCCUUCCGCACGCACGGGCGCAUCAUGGCGCCGAUUCUGCUCGUGGAUCUGCACAAGCACGCAGGCGGCAAGGGGCAGCACGCGGCGGUGUCAGCAGGGCUGCAUCUGGUGGUGGUGUCGUUUGAUGGGUUCCUGUACGCCGUGGAUGGACGGACCGGAUGCGCCGAUACAUUUGACAUCGGGGAAACCUCCUACAGCAUGGUGCUGGCAGAGAACGUGGAUGGGGGAGACGACCUGGACCUGGUGGUUUCCACCAUGAACGGCGCUGUGUACUGCUUCCAGACGUCCGUGCAGUACCACCCGUUGAAGGCGUGGCCGUCCCAGAACCAGGGGCGCAACGUGUUCUUCCCACGCUACGGCCAUGAGGGCAUCUACAUGCUGCCACACUCGCGCCAGUACCGUGACAUUGGCAAGGACUCCUUCCGCGUCAGCUUCGAGAUCGUGGACGCGCGCAACCCUCUGGGGCACGGAGGGGCUCACAUCGGGCCGUACAAGGUCAAGGUGUGGUUGUUUGACGAUGCGAAGCGGGAGCUGACCCACGAGGAGACCUUCCAGCACGCAGGCGUGCACACGCUGGUCAUCCCCACGCCCAAGCGCCGCACGCACGCCACCUUCUUCAUCGAGAUGGAGGAUGAGCGCCGCCUGCACUUCCAUGAUGAGUUCGCCCUCUCCUUCCACAUCCACUUCUACCGCCUCCUCAAGUGGAUCCUCGCUCUCCCGUUGCUCAUCAUGGCGGCGGCGCUUGUCGCUCGCUCCGCGCCGGAUUCGGGCCCGGACCUGCCGUCUUUCUCCCCUGCUAGCCGCCACCUGGCUUGA